GAAUCUGAUCAAUUCAAUUAUCUACCUUAUAAAAUCGAAAGGAGCGAGAACGGCGACGACAGCAUAUGGCCCUCAUCAAACAGUUGGAGCUGCGGCGGAAGUUUGAAGAGAAGGAGAAAAAGAAGCACCAGGUUAUCCUUGACAAGUUGAUCCAACGCGAAAAGAAACUUGCCAUGCGAAAGCGAGACACCACCAUUCUACAGGAAUUGAGAAAACCGCUAGAAGAUUCAGAAAUCAUUGACCAAACGGAACUCUUCACCAUACCCAGGAUUACGGGUAUGAAACUAACAGGACAAGGCUUUUCCGACCUUCUCAUGGUUUUCGAAUUCCUGCACAACUUUGGUGAAACGCUUGGUUUUGGCGAAUCUACAGAAAUGGAAACACUGCCAACGCUGCAGACUCUUCAUGCUGCGCUAACGAGCGAUAACGCCGUAGAAGCCGAAGAGGAGCUACUUUCCGUGAUGACGCACCUUCUGGUGUGCGCCAUCGAGGAUCCGGGAAUCCCCAAUCCCGGGCGGCACACAACACUGCUCGGUCAAACCCUCCGCCAAGCUGACAUUACCCAUUCGAACGUUUCGGAAAUUCUACGGAUAUACCUGUAUGCCGUGGCACACGGUGAAGUGCGGCAGCAGAGUGGAAUCAAUCUGGAGCGAGAACGAGAGCGACACCAUUUACCGACGGAGGAGGAUAUCAAAACUGCCAGUGAUAAGAAUAGGCAAUUCUAUGCGCUACUGUCCGAAAACACCCGAUACAAGUUGUCGGAGCUGUUGAAGGAUAAACCUUUUGUUUCCAUCAAUCCGGCCACGAAAGCGCAGAUUCUAGCCAUGCUAUGCAACGAUUUGCUGAUGAACAAAGCCGUUUGUAAGCAGAUCGAAGGUAGUUUAGAUACUCAGGCACAGCUGAAGAAGGAUCGCUAUCUUCUGGAUAAUAAAAUUAGGAAAUAUAAGAUGCUUGUAGCAAGAAAACAACGAAUCGAGCAGUACGAGAAAGCGCAAGCUGCAGCGCUAGAGAAAUCGCUUUCUAUGAAAGCGGCUGAGGAAGCGAAGAGAGCCGAAGAAGCAGCAGCAGCUGCUGCCAGUGUUGAAAAUGCAGAAAAUCCUACCGAAACACAACCGCAACAACAACAAUCAGGGGAGGAGAAGACUGAAUGUGAGCCGGAAAAAACGGAGGAAGGUGUAGCGACUGUUCCGGUGGAUGUAAAUACCACAGCUCCAAUACCAGAAUCGGAACAGAAUCAUAAGGACGAAGCGCCUCUAAGCUCCAGCCAAGAACCACUCAACAACGGAACGAGUACUCCAAUGGAAGAAAGUCCCAUUAAGGCACCACCCACUCCGAUGCACGAUGAUUCCAUGAUCAAAUCAAAGGAUAUGAGUUUCAACGAAAUGAGUGAUAUGUCCGGUCUAAACGUAUCUCAACAGCCCUCCGGAGGAGCUGAUAUGGAUAAUCCAUUUUCCAAAUCCAUGAUCCAUGAUGCACCGAGUGAACGAAAUGACGACGACAACAGUGACCUGGAAAGCGAGGGAACUCAGCUGGAAGAAGACGAAGACGCUCAUCUAACUGCCGAGGAAGCGCAGCGGAAGUAUGAGCGCAUCCUAGAAACGUCUUUCCAGAACAAGCAACAGCUUGAGCAUGCUUUGAACCAACUACGGGUUAAAUGCUUCGGCCAGGAUCGCUACUGGCGCCGUUACUGGAAUCUCUCUAAAUGUGGCGGAAUCUACGUAGAAGCGAUGGAAUCUGCUCAGCAGGAUAUGUACAAAUACGAAAAUGCUCUCGAGGAGCAGCAUGCUAGUCAGGAAACGGUUCCAACGGAGGAACCAGCUGUACCUGAAACGGCUCCACCGGUACAAGAACCAAUGGAAGAUGUGAUUCCACCAGAGGACGACAUUCCUCGGUUUAUUCCAACGAUAGCGGACAUAGUCAAGCGUGAUCGUGACAAAAACAAGGAAAACAAAGAUUCCAAUGAUUUCCCUCAUCACAUCGGACUGGAGGAACGCAAAAGGAAGCGUUCGAACAGGAGCAAGAAGAAACAUGACUUCUUCAAUCAGGAAAGCGCCAACGACAGCGAGUCUCAAGAUGUCCAGGAGGAAGACAAUUCGCGAACUAGCUUCAGCAACUGCGAAGAAACACGAACCGAUUCACAAUCGGAAGCGGAACCCCAGUCGCAGCCCAUGCCGCUACCGGUGGAAGAUCCUCAUAGGAUGCCAACCGCGUUGCCGAUGCCGCCGGUAGUCCACGAACCGCCAGUUCCGGCACCCAUACAGUUGGGCGCGAAGAAGAAACGCGAUGAAGAUCACCUGAUGGACAUUGAGGAUUCCAUUCCGACGGCUAUCCUGGUACAAAAGGGCAACAAUCACGACGAAACCAAAAUUGUCGAAGUGAACAAUCAAAUUGGAGGCGUGAAUGUGAAUCUGCAGCAGGAUGAUGGUGAUGUUCAACUUAUUCAGGAGGAAACCCCAACCAUCACAAUUCCGGAUGACGAUACACAGGACGGUGAAGCAAAUAGGCACGGUAGCGAUCAGAUUAUGGAAAAUCCUAACAUGAUGGCUGCAGCCAAUGGGGGACACGGAAGCAACUGUGAUAUUAAGCCAAAGCUGGAGAACGGUGAAAUCGGUAGCUCCGGUGGCGAAAUGGGCGAAAUCGGUUCUGGUGGGCAGGACGUCGAAAUGGUUGAAGGCAAAGAUGAGAAACUGGUCAAGUUCGAGUUCAAGAGAGACGAUGACUGUACGAUGGAACGGUGGUUCUCGAUUGUGAAUAAAGAUCUUCCGCUAAGCAGCACGGAAUGUCCACUUCCUUCGCUCAAGGGAACUACUCCGGCUGCGAUGGCACGCCAAGUGUAUACGAACAUCACCUGCAAAGAAAUCUGCCAGUCUCAGGGCAACCGUUGGGAUAUCGGAAACAACAUCCAAUUUUUUAGCGUUCCGUUGGAAAAAGGAGUAGAGAUUCACUUCAAAAAUGAAUCAUUCUUAUCCCUGUCCGGACUAGACGAAGAAGAAAUGAACGACGUUAUUGCUAAACGGGUGAAAAAAGAUCCGGAGCAAUUAGCUGAUUUAAAACCCCAGCUUAUACCAGUAACACCAAAGCGGGAACAAACCGACGAGAGCCACUCCGAUGUGAAAUCCGAAAUAAAGCACGAAGGUGAAUCCGAGGAAUACGGUUCCUUCACUCUCCCAGCCUACAUGACACUUACGUUAAGCAACCUGACCGCCUAUGUGCAAUGUGAUCAGUUUCAACCACUGCAAAUGACUCCGGAGGAGGAAAAGCAACUGGAAGAGAUCAAAACUCGGGGCUUCCUGAAGAAACCGGCAAUCAAGCCCAUUCCAAAGGACUUCCGGCAUGGCUGGUGGAAAAUCAAUGAUAUUGAAGAACUGAACGAACUCAUCAAAUCACUCAAUCCACGAGGAGUGCGAGAGCGAAAUCUCCGACAAAACCUUCUAGAAUCUCUAUCGGAAAGUGUGAAUCUUAGUACGCCCUACCCGAUCUCUCAUCAGAACGAGCCCGCGCCACAAAACAGCUGGACUGAAACGGAGGCAUGGAACGCGUGGCGGCCUGCCAUUGCCCGAAGGGUGGAAAUUGCUCUCCUAGAUCAAAUCGAAGCUAUGGAAGACAAAGUGGCGUCGGCAUCGAUGCAAAUCAAGGGCUGGCAAAUGCCGCAACGGGAGGGCGAGAGUGACAACGAAGUCCCCGAGGAAGUGACGAUUGAAUUGUUGCGGGAUCGUAUCGCUGGAUUGGAGGCGGCUAUCGAGAGGCGCUACCUCAAGCCGCCGCUGGGAAUCAAUACUACGGAAGCACAAAUGGCCGUCAUUGCACAACAGGAAUCGCAUCACCACUCGCUGGCGAAUGCCUCCACCUGCUCAAAUAGUUCGGAAGACGAAAACAUUCCGAAAGGUCUUGUUUCCUGGCGCGACGCAGUAGAACGAUCGGUCACUACCGCCCAGCUGUCGAUGGCUUUGUACGUGCUCGAGUCGUGCGUCGCGUGGGACAAGAGCAUCAUGAAGGCCAAUUGCCAGUUCUGUCAGUCGGGUGAGCAGGAGGACAAACUGCUACUGUGCGACGGAUGCGACCGGGGCUACCAUACGUACUGCUUCAAGCCACGGAUGGACAAGAUUCCCGAUGGGGAUUGGUACUGCUUUGAGUGUAAAAAUAAAGCUACCGGGGAUCGAAAAUGUAUAGUCUGUGGCGGUCUACGGCCACCCCCCUUAGGUAAGAUGGUCUACUGUGAGCUAUGCCCUCGGGCGUACCACCAGGACUGUUAUAUUCCUCCCCUUUUGAAGUAUCCCCGCGGCAAAUGGUACUGCCAAAACUGCAUCUCGAAAGCCCCACCCAAGAAGAAACCCCAGAGGAAACCGCCAAAGGACAAACACAACUCAUCCUCGUCGCAGCUGAACCAAUCGAGCCUGAGCAAUCAGUCGGCGAACCAUUCGCUGAACUCCUCCCACGAAGAAAUCCCACCGUCGACGCAUGGAAUGCCCGUCACGCCACUGUCCAACCCAGGUUCCAAUAUCAACUCCACCCCGUUAAGUCCAGCACAUUCAGUAGCAUCCACGACCCAUGAAGAGCCGUCGUCGUCGACUGUGCCCGCCAACCAACAACAGUGUUCAACAUCGAUGCCAUUGCAGCCAGAUUUCAGUCAGCUUCAGCAACAACAGCAACCACAACAACCGCCACAUCAGCAGCCGCCAAGCAUUGCCUAUCCACAGCAGUCGCAAUACACCAAUCUCGAGGGAACGCCGGCAUCCAAUGUGCUGAAUAGUUUCCAACUGCCACCACCCGUGGCCAACAGUUACGAUCCCCAGCAACAGUAUCAGCAGUACUAUCAAUCUCAACAGCACCAUCACCAGUAUUACCAGCAGCAAGUGCCCGAGUACAAUUCAUUUGGCCAGCAGCAACAGUCUCACCCAGAAUCUCAUCUAUUUCAACCGGCCAGCAUGGGCGGAAAUGUUCCCAACACGAUGCAACCCAACGACCACAGCAGUAGCCUGAACAUGGAAAACAGCUUGAACAUUUCCAUGGCCAGCAACGAUGGUUUGCACUACGAUGGCCACCAGACGCCCCAGCAGCAACCCUGCCAGGAUAGCAGUAGCAUGGCCACGUCCACACCGACGUCGGGAUCGGCCGGUUCGGCCGAAUACUAUUCGCCCUCGAGUGCGAACGCGUGUGCGUCCGGGUCCGGGUACGAUUCCGAGAAGCACAUGGAAUCAUGCGAGGAGCAGAUGCAGCCAGCUGCACUGAUGGUGAGCGGAGGCGGCGGUAGCAGUAGCAGUAGCAGCAGUUCGCACAAGUCCGACAAGAAGGAUAAAAAGGAACGGGACGAAGCGAAGGAGCUGGCCAAGAAGGAGAAGAAGGCCACCAAGAAGCUCAUGAAGGAGCUGGCCCCGUGCAAAACCGUCCUGGAGGAGAUGGAGGUGAGUGGAUGAAUUAUAGUUUAGUUA